AUGUUGACUCUUGUAAGUUUCCUCAAUCCCAUUGAGACUUCGCUUGCUCACAGACUCCUAGAACGUUAUCUCUACAUUCCUCUCUCUCGCAGCUGUAUCCACCGCAAUGAUUGUCCCAGAAACACUCCACCCACGAAAACAAGGUGGAGCCAAUAAGCCAGCCCAAGUAGCAGCCGUCACUCAAGUCACAGUCUACUCUGGCCCCUACACCUGCCCAAACUCACAAUAUCCACCACCAGCUGGAUACGGCGGAACCACCACCGUUGUAAAUGUUGCGCAAAACACCUGCACCGUUGUCAAUAUGCCCGCCGCUGGUGCCAUUAGCGCUGUUUUGACAACUGCUCCACCAGCCGGUAAUGUGGGAUGCUAUUUGCAGAUCUUUAGCAUUAACAAUGGGUGCACUUUCUCUCCUCAGAAUGAAUAUCAUGGAUUUCCGUUUGAUGGUGUUGCUGUUGGGAAUAAGGUCGGGUGUGUUUCUCCACCAGUGUAUAACUAUGCUGCUGUUUCACUUCUGUGUGAUUAG